UCAAAUUUCUCUUUAAUUGUUAAUAUCUUGGGCACCCUUCCACUUGUGGGACAGAUUAAAAACUCCACUGCAAGUUGAGCAUGGGGGUUAUGCAAGCUGCAUACCUUGAUUCCAGGAGGAGGAAGGGUAAGAGCCUACUGAGUGUUGUGAGCUGAGUUCAGGUUGAAGUGAGGACCGGGUGAGCUCAGGGUCACUGCCCACGAAAGGGAGGAGCAAGCGGCUGGGCAGUGGUAGGUGGUGUGGUGGGUCCUUCCGGGGGCUGGGCGGGGAGACAGAUGAGAACGCUAUUGGAGGACAGGCACAAGUGCUACUGAAAUGCAAAUCCCUGUAGAUCUGGAAAAGGUCUGGCUUCAGGCUUGAUGCUUGGGCCGGCAACUGUGUACCUACACUGUACGUUCAGCCCCUCCUACCCUUACGGAGGUGCUCAAGUCACUCAAACUACUGGCCAAUCGGAGUCUUCAAUGGACCUGCCAAUCAAAAGGGAAGGCGGGCUUUUCCGGGUGCCUAGGUGUAGGAUUCGGUUAGUAGUUAAGCAGUCUUAACUGGUCCUGGCUGCUGUGCUCUCUGUCCUGCCGUUGGAUUCUCUGAGGCAUGUUCAGGCAAGCUCCAAAGUUGCGACAUGGUGAGCACAGGGUCGGGGGGCCGGGCGGACGGGCAUGGGACUGAGCAGUGGGAGGUGGUGUGGUGGGUCUUUCCCGGGGCUGAGUUGGAAUCCGCGGCUACCUGUGAGGUCUUAGCCACUCACUAGACCCAGCGGCAGUUUCUGAAUAACUUCCUUGUAGGGGCUGCAACUGUGCAGAGCAUUUGGCUUGUGUAUGGAAAGAUCCUUGGCGUUAUCCCAAACUCAGAAGCCUAGUUUCUACAGUUCUGUUUUCAACAUUUAACAUUAAGGUGUAAGAUCCAUUUGGAGUUAUUUUGUGGAGGUUGUGGAAGGCAUCUCAUGUGCUGGGUAGCAAUCCAAUAUCAAGCUGUAAUUGAAGGAUUAAAAAUUAAUAAUAAGCCGCCUAGCUACCCAAAAAGAAGAAGUAGGGUCUGUGAGAACAUGAACUUUUCACCCCUCCCUUGCUGUACAAUGGUUCCGGGAACAUUCUUGCAUGAAAAGUUUCCUGGAACAGCCACAAUGACCCAUAGCCUCCGGCCACAAUGGUCCAAUGGCCCUGUAAAAUGUCACUACCCCUAAUCACAAUGUCACAAAGUCCUGGGUGUGUUGCCUAGUGUUACACAUGACUAGUAUAUGACCUAACUGUAUGGGCAGUUUAUGGUUUUGGAAUUCCCCUCCUCCCUCCCUCUUGAUCCCCCUGGUUUGUGGUUUUUUUCCUUUAUAAGCUCUGUGAAAAUUCAGGUCGGGGUCGAACUCCUCUACUCCCUGUGUGGUGUAUGAGUCUUGACCCCAGCAUGCUGGCCUGAGCUCUCGUUUCAUCUCGCUUACAAUAAAUCUUCCUCGUGUGAUUACAGCAGGUCGGUGUCUGUGUCCUACUGGGUGCGCGUCUUUCCCGAGACUUGAGUGGGGGGCUCCCUUCAGGGGUCUUUCAUAAUGUAAGAGUAGAAUUGAUGAUGUAAAGGAUUUGCUAAAGGUUAGGAGAUAGCAAGGCACACUAAGUAGAAUUUAGCUGAGAGAGGACUGCCUGCAAAACACCACACGUGUAAGUAGUAAGCUAACUAGGCCUGUUAGAGAUUAGGAUGCUAGGAUACACAAGUUUGUUCACCAGGAUUGUCCAGAAAUAUGGCACCAGACCCUGAUUUGCAACCAGCCACUAGGCCCAUCUCCAUAUCAAAGAGCAGGCCUCUAACAAGCUGAUCAGUGGGGCAUUACAGGAUCACAAUCAACAGUAAGGCCUGGUGUGCCAUAAAGGUUUAGUUUUCUUCUUGAGAAAAGCAUUGUUCGCCACAUGGGCAAGAUGACCCCUGGUGACUGUAAGACCCUCGCUCUAGUCUCAGAAUGGGUCACCCCAGGUGACAGGAGAGACUGGUCUUGAUGUAAAAGCAAGAGGUCGUUUAAUAAUAACGAAGCUCCGGGCCAACACGUGUCUCACCCAAGAGACAGAGGAGUUGAACACGAAACUCAAAAGUCAGACGGUUAUAGAGACAAAGCUAGGGGGUUUUGGCGUGGUUACAUACAAUUGGCUCAUUCAAACAUAGCUGUGAGAACAAAGCAGAGAGAGUACGUGCUAGAAGUCAGGGGCUGGAGGACACCUAGUUGAGAUAUGGCCCGGAGUGUGCUAGGGGGAGAUGUCUUCCUGCCAGACGUCCCAUGAAUCAGUCCCAUUAACUCAGGCUGGUUCCUGCAUUCCUUUUCCUUAUCUUUAUGGCUUGCCAGUCCUGCCUGGACAGUGUUUCCUGUGCUCCUUUUUCUUUAUGGCCUGCUAGUCCUGGCUACAGGGCUUAGCCCUGGGUCUGUGGCCUUUUGGGGUUUAUUCUUUUAAUUUUGUAUCUCCAAACCUAGAAUAAUUCUCCUUUCAGUGACAACCAUUAGAAAAGGUAAAACAACAACAAACACUGUUGUAUUGAGUGCUGGCCUGAUCAAGCUACACUUUCCGUCUUUUUCCUGAGGACCCCGUGUUUGAGCUCCUUCUGAAACUCAGGGACAUGCUUGGCAGAGCCAGUAACCAUCUAGGGCCUAGUCCUUGGGAGCUUUCCCUGGAGCCCUGCGUAUAGAGAUAAAACAGCUCCCCUAAAACCAGGAAUAUGCUUGGGGCCAGGGCAUUUGGGAGGGGUUGCUUAAGAUUCUGAGAAUACAAGUCUUGCCACAAUAUGGGCUCUGGGUCCCUAGGCCACUAUGGGCUUGGUAAGGAAUAUUUUUGAAAUACACUGAGUUCCUUGUGCAUCACUGUUUGAUUAGACUUUUCCUGAGUGUGUCCCAUUAUAUGAUGUUUCUGCUAACUUUGUAGUUUAACCUUUCUGCUGACUUCAUAGAUGUCUCCCGUUUUUUUCCAUUUCCCUCAUGUAAACUGUAUACAAGGUGACAUUCUUCUUAAGCUUACUUAGUUUAAGACUCUCGCCCCCCACCCCCCAGCUUUUAUACUUUCUACCUUCUCCUUUUCCUAUGUUUUUCUUCCUCUGAGACCUUCCACUUAGGACACUGUCACUAACCUACUGUUUUAGGGCACUGGUGUACUUAAGAAACAUCCUGGAAAUGUUUGCUGUGUAAAUGGCUUAUCUAAGUGGCCAGACUUGUAGCCUCCAGUUUAUAUUUGAAUUGUUCAAAACUUAACCUGGAACCUGAACCUAAGACAAACCUAAGGGUGACAGCAUACAUGGAAUGUAAAAUCUACCUAGGCUAGAUUCUCUUUUAGCAUUUUAGACCCAGCUAACUGGAUCUUUGCAGGUCUUUGCUACUUUGUGGUUUCUUUUUCCCCACUUUUAAUCCCCCUCCUCAGCCCCCCUCCCCCCACCCUCGUUUCACCCCCUAACACCAGAUAGGAGAGAAACAAGGAUGGAGGAGAAAAAGAUCCUUGAAUCUGAAAGAUCCCAUGCAGAGAGACCCUUACUCAAGUCUUGGGAAAUCUCGGACCCCAGACACAGAGAGACCAUUUUGGAUGUAAUAAGCAAAGGCGAGGUUUAUUACUGAGACCUAUUACAGAGAUCUCCGCGCCGACACGUAUCCCGCGCAGGAGACAGAGGUGUCGACCACGAAACUCAAAAGUCAGAGGGUUAUAUAGAGAAAGCUAGGGGGUUUUGGCGUGGUUACAUAUAAUUGGCUCAUUCAAACAUAGCAGUGAGAACAAAGCAGAAAGAGUAUGUGUUAGAAGUCAGGGGCUUAUCAGGGUCUGGAGGAUGGCCCUGAGUGAGCUGGGGGGAGAUGUCUUCCUGCCAGACAUCCCAUGAAUCAGUCCCAUUAACUCAGGCUGGUUCCUGCAUUCCUUUUCCUUAUCUUUAUGGCUUGCCAGUCCUGCCUGGACAGUGUUUCCUGUGCUCCUUUAUCUUUAUGGCCUGCUAGUCCUGGCUGCAGGGCUUAGCCUUGGGUCUGUGGCCUUUUGGGGUUUAUUCUUUUAAUUUUGUAUGUCUAAACCUAGAAUUCGCAUAAUUCUCCUUUCAAAUCUAGUUCCUUGUACUCGAUCCAGCAGCGUCAGUUCAACAGUCUCUGCUGGGGGGAGUGAAGAUGCAAAGCCAAGAGUUAGAUUUGGGGGUACUGCUGGUUAAUACAGCUGUCUCGAGUUUGUUUUUCAUAAUUUUUAUGCCCCAUAGUGCCAUAGAAAGCAAAGCCACAAAUUAACAAAGAAUUCUCCAAAAUAUGUUCAGAAUAUCAGUUCUUAUCCAGAGGCACCUCCCUGUUCCUUCCACCAAGGUUGAUAGAACUUUCAGCCCCUCCAAUCAUUCCAUGCCUCAGCAGGCUGAUAAAUUUGCCUACAGCCCCUGACCCACUUUGAGUGCCUGGGUACAUACAAAGAAUAGGGUCAGUUGUAAGGCACAAACAAAGUAGCCAAGUGUGGGGAGCCGACUUGCCUGAGACCCCAACAUUGAGCUAAUUAGGACAGACAAAGAACAUAGGAAAGCUCACCUAAAGGACAAGCUCAGUGGAGAAAACCUAAGGUUCUAGCUAAAGUGCGGAUACCAAUCUGGGGGUCAGCAUUGCUCAGUAACAAGGCUUGCCAGGAGCGCUGACAAAAAUCUGGUGUUCCAACAGGUUUGCCAAGUGGAGGCUCCUAACCUUUUUUUUGGGAGCUAGCUCCAUACAGACCUUUGCAAAAGAACCAGCUUCCUAUAGACUCCUACAGACCCAGGGCUGUGACAUUUUGCUGAGAGCCAGUUUCCUCCAGACCCACAGAUAGUGACCUUCUACUAGGGCCCAACUUUCUACAGACCUAGGCCAACAUCCCACAGGAGUGAGCCAACUAUCCUGUUGCAGGAUGGGACAACCAAGGAAGAAAAAACGUGUAAACAAAGUUCCCGAGGUCACUGUAUUGUGUUUAUCAAGAUGACCAAGAUACGAGGAACACAUUACUCUGUCCCAUCCAACAGGACAGUCAGUCAGGGUCCAGGGGGGUACCAAGAGGAGAAUGGGGGACAAGAGACUUGAAGAACUCUAAUACAAGCGUCUGAUCAAGGUGACAAUUUUAUUCUUGCUCUGGUCAUAUACUAUAGCAAGACUGGGGGAGGAGGAAAUCUUCAGGGGGCUGGGAGACCUCGAUGUAUUAGCCUAUGAUGAAGUUGGCUCACACCUGCGGGAUGUUGGCCUAGGUCUGUAGGAAGCUGACUCCCCCACAAAGGUCAGGAGCCUCCACUUGGCAAGGCGGUUUCUAAGCAAAGCUGACCACCAGAUUUGUAUCAGCCUUUCUGUAAGCUUUCCUAGAACACUGUUUUUUUGUUUUUUUGUUUUUUUUCCCACUGAGCUUGUCCAUUUGAUGAACUUUCAUCUGUCCUUUGUCUGUCCUAAUUAGCUCAAUGUUGGGGUCUUAGGCAGGUUGGCUCCCUCAGCUGUAUUUUUUUUUUUUAAACUUACUUUCUUGUCGUAGCCCACUGGCAAAUAUACUUGUCAUUUUCCUAGAAGUGGUACCAAGAGCUCUCCACACCUGGGAGAGUAGAAGAUUCUAAUAAAAUACAAAUUUACCACACUAGGGCUCUGUCUGCCCCUAGGGUGUGGUGGAAGGGCAGAGCUGGGAAGGCCUGUGCUGAGUCAUGCAAUCUCUAAUCCUCCAAUAGAGGGGCUGCUACCAUUCUCUGGGGAGCCUAGCAAUCAGGAGGAGCACCAGUGGGAGGUAGCUUGCAGGUUCUUUCCAUAUUCUCUGAUGUAGUUCAUCAGAGAGCUGUGAGGGAGAUUUUGCAGCCACCAGGAACAACAGGUUGGCUCAGCUAUCAGAGUCCAAUCUGACUGGACUGAUGUGGACUGUGAACCAGACUGUGGUGCUGUUGGUACAUGUGGUGUCCUGGGCAGAGGACCUUGGCCUCUGAGCCUCUCUGAGUGUGGAUUCCCUGGGGAGGAGGCUCUGCAUCUGGUUAUAAGGUGUGUUGAUUAUAAUAUCACUGCCCAGUGUGCACACAAGCAUUGCUCUUGGUGUGCAGAAGACAGAUUUCAAAACUGAAAAUCCGGUUUCUAGAAGUUCUGAAGAUUGUAUUGCAAAUUUAUUUUGUGUGAUAAAUUUUACAAAUAGUUUUGAAACUGGGAGGGAUGAGGUUAUGAGAAUCAUCCUUUGGCAAUACUUGGUUAAAAUCCUUUUACCUUUCCACUAUCAGCAGUCACAGUGAAUGGAGUGAUUCAGGGAAAUUCAGUUCCAGAGUCCAAAAGGAGUUUCUGAGAUGCAGAGGUUUCUCAGGUGUGCAGGGUGGGGUGUAGGUGGGUAGGGCAGAUUCUACAUCAUUACUAAAAUCCACAUGGCAUCAUGUGCAAGCAGACAUUAAAUUAUUCUUCAACCUUCGUUUGUGUGUGGGUUCAGGGGGGCUGGGUUUGUGUGAGAUCACACAGGGGCAUUGGGAGCCGCAGAGCCAUAACCCUCCUUUCUUACCACCUUCACACAGAGAGUGUGGGGUCAGUAGUGGCCGGAGGGUCAGAAAUAUAGCAGUUUAGGGGUCAGUUUGAGUUAUUUUUUGUUGGAGUUGGGAAGUCUGUGUUUUUUUUCCAUUUGAAUACACAUGCAAUCGUAGGUAAUAUUGGUCAAGUUCACAUUUUUCCUGGCUGAGUUUCCUUAGGUCUUUUGAUUAAAACUUGACUAUAAUUUGGGGCUUAUGUUCUUGCCUUUUUUUCUCUACAUCUCAUUUUUUCGCAAAUGUGCUAAACUUUUGAUCGCUGUAGCACUUUGUUAAGUACAGAUGGAAUCUACACUGUGCCAAAAUGUGUACUAUUUCUUUAUAAUCCUGUUGAUGAUUCUGAGGUUUUUUUCACAUGGCAAAUAGCUUUGAAAUCAGCUGUCCUGUUAUGUAUUAUUAGACGUUUUCUUUAGAUUGUAUUGAAUUUUUGCUGCAAAUUUAACAUACCGAACAUUGCUUUUUUAACAUCACUGUAAUGGUGUUGUUUACAGUUAUAUAAGUUGGUAAAAGAUAUUCUCCAUAAUAAUUCAUUUAGCAAGCUAUAUAGUACAUGUGUGAAACUGAAACUGAUGUGAAAUAAUGUCCAAAGCCAUAGAAAGAGGACUUUAGUGUAGACUUUAGUGACACAGAAUUCAUCCUUAGGCUCACGUAGGUCUUUAUAAGUAUGACUUAAUUGAGAAAGCAAAAAGAGUGAAAAUAAAGCAUGGUCCAGAAUUGGACAAUAAAUCUGGAUGUGACACAGGAUUGUGUCUUAGCACUAAAGUCUGAUAGCAGUAGGUUGGGAUUUUCCAUAGAUACCUACUAAAACUAGUUAAGACUAUGUUUCUAUAGUUGUUGUAAAAUUGUGCAUAUUUAAUAUAUGUAUUCUGAUACAUGUGUACGUAAUACCUACACCCAAGCAACCCCAUUCAACAGAGUGUUGUAUAGGAAUCGAGGCUCGUGCCCAGACAGACCACACCUGGCCAGUACGGUUCCACGUGAGAGACUUUCAUUGGUGCUGGGGAUGGGGGAUGCACAAAGGAGGGGAGGAGACAAAGGAGGAAAAGAGAAAGAAGGGGCGACGGUCAGGAGGGGUUGGCUUUUUAUUUGGGUAGGGACAUAACUUCUUGCAGGUGAGGGUAGGAGAUGGGCUAGGAGGACACUGGAAAUAUAUGACAACAGAUGCUCAGGUCCCUUUCACCUCUGGGUGACGUCACUGCUAUCGCUGGGUUUGGAGACAACCUGCAACCAUAAAGCCGAUUCCUCAUACCAACACUAAGUUCUCAUAAAAAUGACAGAAUUGCCAUGGAUCCCAGCAGUCUUCUCAGUAUAGUUUCCAUGCACUUGAAAUUAGUUUUAAAUCGUUCCAGAAUGCUCAUGUUUCUUGCAGUUGUAUUCAUACUUGCCUAAAUAUGAAAAUAACAUCAAUGCUCAUUUGUUGAGGACCAGCUAGGUGCCUCUAGGCGACCAAGGGUGCCUUGGGUUAAAGAAGUGGAUAAAGGAUUAUGCACUUGUAAAGACUCUCACAGUCAGUGCUUUAUUGUCAUAAAACAGCAUGUAAUUAUAGCUUAAGCAUUAUCAACCCAUUUCUUUCUCCCAUAUAAUUUUAACCUUUAAUGCACUCUUAUUAUCAGAUGGAUAUGGGAGCUUGAACCAUGUUGUCAACAUUGUAGGUAGCACUCGAAAAUGAAGGGUGACCAAGUCAACUCAGUCAGUCAACAGGGUCUCAAGGGAGGGAGUGAGGAUUGAAAGGAAAAAGAAAAUAAGACAAUAUAUAGCAUGAUUCUAGUGAGUGCUGAGGCUGAAGUGGGUUUAUUUUUUCCAGUCUGCUUUUCUACCGUUUUUAGUACAAGCAAAUAAUAAGGUCAAUUCUAGGUCAAGGAACAAACAAGGCACAAAGACCUGUGAUCAUUGUUUCUAAGGGCUCAUCAGUUUGACAAGAGAAAAGGACUGGUUCUAGCCCAAAUGUAAAUAUUCUUACCUGAACCUACUGCCUAAGUCCUAGUCCAUGGUCAAAUUCCUCCCAAAUUCCUAUAGAAGGGCAGAAAGCAGAGAAUCUAGCUGAAACAAUCUCCUUCAAAGAGUUUUUUUUCCUAAUGUUUAUUUAGAACAUUAUGUGGAGAAGAGAAGUGAAAUAUCAAGCUUUCUGUAGCAAGAGUUGUUGUAGAUGAGAAGCAAAUGUGUUAUUAUAGUAUGCUGUAAAAAUGCAGAAAGUGGCUUUAUUUGGAUGGCAUGAGAGCCCUCUGCCAAUGAGUCAUACUGCAUGAAGAAGUACAAUGGAGGUUAAGAAACAGAUUGACGGGGACUGGAGAGAUGGCUCAGUGGUUAAGAGCACCGACUGCUCUUCCUGAGGUCCUGAGUUCAAAUCCCAGCAACCACAUGGUGGCUCACAACCAUCUGUAAUGAGAUCUGAUGCCCUCUUCUGGUGUGUCUGAAGGCACAGUGUACUCAUACAAUAAAAUAAAAUCUUAAAAAAUAAAUUAAAAAAAAUUUAAAAAAAAAAAAAAGAAACAGAUUGACAGGGUUGGGGAUUUAGCUCAAUGGUAGAGCGCUUGCCUAGGAAGCGCAAGGCCCUGGGUUCGGUCGCCAGCUCCGAAAAAAUGAAAAGAAAAAAAAAAAAAGAAUAGAAAAAAAGAACCAGAUUGACUGUUUUGUUUGAGUUUAAAAACUAACAAUAAAUUAGAGUUGAACAAACAUGUAAAAGUCUUAGAUAACUGACUCGGCUCUUUGUUUUCUCUGCCUUUAGUAACUUAUCUUAGAUGGUAAUACUUUCAUUUUUGCUUUGGAGAAAGCGUUUAAACAUUUAAUAUUUUUAUACAUUGGUUUAUUUAGGCUUAAUGCAUAAUAUAGUUAAUGUAGCGAUUUUGUACAACACCUCAUUUAUUUCUAUUUGAAUAGUUAUUCAAACAUUAGUUUUUCUUAAAAACAAUUAUGAGUAUUCCUUUGGAAUGAAAUGAAAAGCAUUGUAAUUCCACAUUCCUAACUAGUGAAAUCUAACACAAGAAAGUAACUCCUUUUGUUUCCUGCGUAAUAUAUAUUUCACAUUGCUGAGAACAAAACUUCUGAUUUCACAUAUAGAAUGGGCCCAAGAUGAGCUUGUCAUGAAUUCCUGUGUUGCUGAGUAUUUGAUCGAAUUGUGAACCCAGAGACUGUCCAAUUUACUGGCGGGGGCGGGGGGUGGGGUGGGGAGCUGUUUCUAACUGGUAUGGCUCAGCCCUUAGUACACACCUUUGCUCUCAAAUGAUGAAGGUAAACAUAGUUUUAGAAGGAAGCACUCAUGUUCGUAAAUAAUGUAUAAUUGAGUGACUGAAAAAAUGAUGAAUCAGGGAAAGAUCUGACAGAAUAGGAUAUACCCAACUCUCAAGAGAAGAGGGAAAAGAGGCAAUAUAAGAGGAAGCAGUGAAAGAAUAAAAAAUUCAGCUAAUAUGUCAGAAGUUUAAAAAUGCUAUCUCACCCCUAAGAAGCCUUAAAUACCUCAAAUUCCAGACCCUGCCUUCUAUCUGUAAGUAGGUAAAAGGUCACAUUUCUUGAGCCUGCUCUCCCAAGAACUAGUAAAAGGACUUAAGAUAAGGCCCUUAGGGCUGGAGAGAUGGCUCAGUGGUUAAGAGCACCGACUGCUCUUCCAGAGGUCCUGAGUUCAAAUCCCAGCAACCACAUGGUAGCUCACAACCAUCUGUAAUGGGAUCCGUGAUGCCCUCUUCUGGUAUGUCUGAAGACAGCUACAGUGUACUCAUAUACAAAAUAAAUAAAUAAAUACAUUUUUAAAAAAAGGAGAAAAAAAGAUAAGGCCCUUAGAUAUGCGGUUCCCGAACUAGUAAAGAUAAUAGAAAGCUUCUCCCAGCAGCUAACUGUCUGCAAAGUUAAAUUAGAAUCUUAACAGAACAACCUUGAGAAGCAGGAAGCUUCUCCUAGGAACUAAAGGGAACACAAAGUUAAGCAAUCUUGAGAGGCAGGAAGCUUCCUGUGAUUUUCCAGUGACACCACCCCUGCUGCCUUGGGCUGUGGUUUCUCCCUUUAAAUACCCUUUCUUCCAGCCUAUCUGGGUCGAACUCCUAUGCCCCUGUGUAGGAUAUGAGUCUAGAGCCCAGUGCACUGGUUCCUAUCAAUAAACCUCAUGUUUAUUACAGCAAGGACCGUCUCUCGUGAGUUCUUGGGGGUGAGUCAUCCCGAAACUUGAGUGAAACUCUCCCCGCUCUGGGGGUCUUUCAGCAGCACAGAGGGUAAGAGGAGGAGGCAGUUUUACCUGGAGAAUUUUACAGAGACAGGCAGGCUAAAGACAGAAAAAGAGAAAAUGAGCAAGAGAAUGAGAAGAGAGCAGUUGACUAGAGUUCAUUUGAGACCAAGCACAGCAAUUCAGUCAGAAGUGAAAGACACAAUUUGAAGUGGUUAGCAUGAAGAGUUUGAGCUAGAAGAGCAGAGUUGACCAGCCAGAGUUCAGAAAGAACAAGAAAGGGUGAUUUUGGUUGGGGAUUUAGCUCAGUGGUAGAGCGCUUGCCUAGCAAGCACAAGGUCCUGGGUUCGGUCCCCAGCUCCGAAAAAAAGAAAAGAAAAAAAAAAAAAAAAAGAAAAAAGAAAGGGUGAUUUUAUUCAACAGUUAAGUCUCAGAUGCCCAAAACACUCAAGUGCCCGACCCUCCUGAGCCCACUCAGUGUUUGCCCCCUGCUGAGCCUUGCUGAUGCAGGUUGAAGCUUUAGUUCCUAACAAAGGAACAUCUUGAUCUUUCAGUUUGGCACCUGGGCUGAAUUCAGUUCCUGAAUUUUGUUCCUGUUUUUCACCUGAGGGCACAACCUAUUUUUCCACUUUGCUCCCUGGAUUUCUCCACCCAGUGAACUUGGGGUGUAUAUUCUGUGAACCUCAGUAAAGCUUUGGCAUUUUCUUUGCACAAAUGACCCCAGUCUGUGUCUUUUGUUAAAUCCCCCAGGCCUAUGCCCUGUCAUUCUAGACCUAGAUAAGAUUGUACAGAAUCUAUAAGCUUCCUUGACUAGGCCUAGAUUAUCAGAAGCAGGAAGUAACCCUUCAAGGUAUUUUUACACUUCUAUGUCAUAGUAACUGUCUACAAAAAUAGAAAGAGAACUGUAUGUAUCACAAUCAUGCUGCCCCUAACUUUACGAUUUUGCUCUUCUUUGUUCGCUAUAGCUUCCCUCCUUUGCAUUUUCAUUAAAGCAAUAUUGAAUUAAGUUUUUAAAUGAGGGUAGAUUCUCAUAUAAUAUAUCCUGACCACUGUUUCCCCACCCUACACUCCCAACUACCCCCCACUUCUAUCCUUUCCCCAAGAUCCACCCCCCCCCCACCCAUUUCCUCUUCAAAACGGAGCAGACCUAACAGACAAAACAAGAUAGAAAAAGACAAGGUGAAAGUCUUCAUAGUGGACAAGGCAACCUGAUAGGAAAAAUCUCAAGAUCAAGCCAAAGAAUCAGAGUUACACCUGCUUCCACUGUUACAGUCCCUCAAAGACACCAAGCUAACAGCCAUAACGUAUCAGCAGAGGACCUGGCAUAGACCCAUGCUGUCUCUAUGCUUGCCAUUUAAGUUUCUGUAAGAUUCCUAGAAAUCCAGUCAGUGUUAGUCAUGGGUUUCCUCUCAUGUCAAGGGCCUCAAGUUAAACCAAACAUUGGUUGGCCACUCAAACCAAUUUGUUACCAUCAUGCCCCAGCACAUCUUAGGAAGGAUCAAUUGUAGGUGUGUGUGGGUGUUGGGCGCAGAGGGGGUGUUUCCAGGUUUCUCUUUCUUCUUUUUAGCCUGUAGAGUACCUUCUCUCCUCAAAGAGAAUAGAACACCGGGGUGAAGGCUCCGAGCCUGUACUAGCUUGACCUCUGCAUUCAGUGAACUGUGUGGAAUUUGUCCUUAAUGAUCAGUCCCUGCUGUCAGUUAUCUGAGAGAAAAGUUUGUCCUUGCAUCAGCAAGGAUUGUUGAAGGAGCUCAAGGGACCGCCUUGGCCAAGAGCUCAACCAAAUGUAACUUAUUAGCAACAUCGAAGCCCUGUCUGGUUUCAAAGGAUGGUCAGUUCAGACUCCAUAUCCUCCAUUACUAGGAGUUUUCAUUAGGGUCACCCUGGUCAUCCAGGAAGUUGUCAUUGUACUGGAUUUCUAUACUAAUUCCAAAUAACCCCUAAUUCCAGCUGUUUCUACCUGCAUUGUACUUUCCCCUGCAUCCCCCUCAACUGAUCCUCCCUACUCCUGUUCCCAUCAAACUCUGGUCUACUCACAGAAAUUAUUCUAUUUCCCCUGUAGAAAGAGAUCUGUGCUUCCUCCCUAGAGUCCACCUCUUUAACUAGCCUCCCUGGGUUUAUUACUAUUUACCUAAUAGGUAAUAUCCACUUGUAAGUAAAUGCAUGCCAUGUUUGUCAUUCUGGGUGUGAUUUCUUUAGUUGCAUUUACUUGCCUGUAAAUUCAUGAUGUCAUCUUUUUAAACAGCUGAGUGAUACUCCAUUUUAUAAAUGUACCACAUUGUUUGUUUACCCUGUAAGGUUCAAAGUGAGUCUUAACUACCAGGAGAUCCCCCAAGUGAGGCAUGAGAAUGGAGUUUAAUGCAAAGGUAAGAGUUUAUUUUCGGGUGUGUCAGGGUCAAGAUUCUAUCAGCCCCUCGUAGCGAGGGACUGGAAGGUGACCCCAAUGGCUGUGACAAGCAGUUUUUAUACUUUCAGAGGUACAGGUUACAUUAGCAGGUUUACAGUUCAAACUUAUAUGGCAUGCCUUUGAGCUCUUCAUCUGGGACCAGAGGGUCAGGCUAAAUGUACUACAGGUACAUUUUGCAGGAUUUUCAAGAAUGUCCCUGCUCCUCCCAAGAACUGUGGGUGGAGAAUGGAACUUGUCCUAGCCUUGACCGGAGGCAGUUGAUGUAAAGCUGGCAAAAGCCCUUAGGGUCCCCAUAACCUACCUACUUUCCACCAGGCCAAGCCUCCUGACAGCUCUUAGGCUUCAGUAAGAACUAGGGUCCUUCAACCCAUUCUUCAGUUGAGGUACUUUUCGGUUGUUUCUAGGUUCUGGCAAGUGUGAAUAAAUAUGCUAUGAACAUAGGUGAGCAAAUGGCCUUGUGGUAGGGUGGAGCACCUUUUAGAUAGAUGCCCAAGAGCUUUAUAGCUGUGAUUUGAGAUAGAUGGAUUCUCAGGCACCAGGACUCUGAGGAAAUGCUCAUUUCCAUAGUGGCAGUAUUAGUUUGCACCCUACAAGCAUGGAGAGUUAUUACCCAUUCUCCAUAUCCUUACCAACAUGACUUGUCACUUGUAUUGAUCUUAGCCCUUCUGACAUGUGCAAGAUAGAUUCUCAAAGUAGUUUUCAUUUCCUUGAUGGCUGAGAUGAUAAUGAUUUCUUUAAGUAUUUCUCAGCUUUUUGAGAUUCCUCUGUUGAGAAUUCUCUGUAUAGAUUUAUACCACCCCCCAUUUAUUAAGAUGUAUUUAUUUAAUGUAAUCGAGUACACUGGAGCUGUCUUCAGACAUGCCAAAAGAGGGCAUCAGAUCCCAUUACAGAUGGUUGUGAGCCACCAUGUGGUUGCUAGGAAUUGAACUCAGGACCUCUGGAAGAGCACUCACUGCUCUUAACCACUGAGCCAUCUCUCCAGCUCCUAUACCCCAUUUUUUAAUUGAAUUUUUUGCUUUAGAAAGUCUAAUUUCUUGAGGUUUUUAUGUAUUUUAUAUAUUAGGCCUCUAUAAGAUAUGGAUUUGUUUAAAAAACUAUUUUCCCAUUGCUUAGGCUGCCACUAUGUCCAAUUGACUGGGAUUUUGCCACUUCUAAUCCUAUUUAUUUAUUUAUUUAUUUAUUUAUUUAUUUAUUUAUUUAUUUAUUUAUUGGCAAAGAGGAGAAAUGAGGAUUGGCCUGUAGUUUCUUAAAAUUGUUAUUACAAUCUUGUACUUCAUGUUCAAAACACUUUCUGUCUGUCUUUCUGACUCCUUUUAUUUUUGAUAUCAUUUAUGUUGUGUGAUUCUAUUCAUUAUAAUCUAAUUAUAUUGUUUCUCUGGAAAAUGAAAGACCUUCACCUAGAAUUUUCUCUUCUGAAAAUUUACUAUGUCAUGAGUUUCUUGAGGUUUUGAUAGUUUGGGAAACUGUUACUGUUUUAGUGUCCUCUUCUGAAGGCUUGCCUCUCCUCAUUUCUUGGCAAAUCUGUGUUUUCCAGUUGUUGCAAUCAUCAAUUUUGGGGUUUGUGUGCAUAUGUGUGUGUGUGUGUGUGUGUGUGUGUGUGUGCGCGCGCGCGCGCGCGCGCGCGCGAAUGUGUGUGUGGUUUGUGUUUGUUUCUUUUUUGCUACUUAAAUGACUGAUAUUGUUAACACAUUUGAUAUUUGAUUUGGGUUUUUUAAACUUUCUGAUAUAUUAUUGCCUUUUUGUCCUAGUUAGCUUCAGUUGUGAACAUUUUAGAGCCUACAAUCAUCUGAGGGGCUCUCAUCUGAGGGCAUGCCCUCAUCAAAAUGCCUGGAUGCUGUAUCAGUGAGAGAUUGUGUUGUGAUGACUGAUGUGGGAAUGCUCUACACUGAGGGUGGCAGGAUCCCUGAGCAAGUGGGCCUGGGCUGGGUAAGAGAGCUGGCUAAGUAUGAGACAGUGACCAAGAAGGAAACUAAGAUUUGUUCAUGGUUUUUGCCUUUUCUUGAAGCUUGAGUUUCUAUGCUAAGCUCCAGAACUUAUGGCUGUCGUGUGACUGGACCAAACAAGUGAAUCUGUUUAUUUCCUGAGAUGCUUUUGGUUAGAGAAUUGAAUCAAAGUAGGAGAGUAGCAAAUUAGAACGAAAAAAAAAAGGUUAUUUUGUUGCUGGACAGAAACUAGAGAAACUAGAAAUGUUCUCCUUUGGAGGAAAGUGGUAAAUAUCAGGGCUUGAGAUGGCAAUACAGCAUAGUAAGCUGUAUUCAGAGCUUAGUCGGCUGUUGUUGUAGCACCUGGAAGACUGGAGUCAUGCAAGUAAUGCAGUCAGAAGUUGAGGUCAUAGGAUUUCAGUGGAAAAUAGACUCCAUGAAAAAUCUAGCUAGAAGUCAUUUAUAUGGUAUUUUGACCCCAAAUCUUUCUUAUUCUGCCCAUGCACUGAGAAAUUGAGUAAGGCAGAAUUAAAAAAUGAUUAGCUAUAUUUCUUAGGUGAAAUAUUGAAUCUGUUAGAUGAUUAUUACUAGUAACUCAUUUUGGACUACAAGAAAAAAACAACAAGUUGAGCAGAAAUAAAGGCAAAGUCUGUGGUUUGUAGAGAAAAGCAGCCCUGGGAAGUUACCCAUGGCAGCCAAAUGCUGAGACAGAGGCAUGAAUUUUCAAAGAGAUUAUUACCAUUAAAGAGAAUGUCUUUGCUCAGGAUUGGAAGCCUAAGAAGGUGAAUUAAGGGAAACAGUCCCUCCUGCUAAGCCUUCAGUUAAUGGAAGGGGGAGUUGGCAAAGUCAUUCCUAGACCCAGGAAGGAACUUCAUAUAAAACCUGCUACUACUGGUCCAAGCUUGGUACCCAAGUUCUGGAAAUAAGAAAUAUGGAAAAAUAAGGUUAUCACUUCUUCCCCCGUGGUUUCAGUUGAGCACUGUUCCAGCCAUCUAUGUUUGGCAGAGUGAGAUCCCCAGUGAGGGAGGACACUAUGAGAGUGCAUGGGAUGAAUCUGAGGAUGAAGUCUGAGUUGCAUUUGAGACUACAAGAUUUAGAGAUACCUAAGUUGUGAGACACCUGUCAUGGAGAGCUGCAUAUAGCAAGUGGAGGUAACAAAGCCAAGAGAUGUAUGAGAAGUUGCAGGGAUAUGGCCAUCUAAGCCUUUUGAAACUGAAGCUCCUUGUAUCUGAGACAGAGAUGCAGGAUUUGGUGUUUGUCCUGCUGGGUUUCUUGCUUUGGUCCAAUCUUCCCUCACUAUGUACACAUUCCUCUCUACUGGAAUGGGAAGGGGUAUUCUGUGCCUUUGUAUGUUGGAAAGAUAUAACUUGCUUUCUGAUUUUACAAGAUGUGGCAAUCAAGAGUGUCAGAAGUGAUUCGAGGCAUUUGAAGAGUGUAUAGGCUGCAGGCUAUUAGGGUCAUGGGAAGCUCCUGAUUAGCUGCCUGUGAGGGAUGGUUUUCCUAGAAUUGAUUUGUUUGGACUUUUCCAGUUUGGGAAACAGAAACUUAGGCCUAGUUUCCCAACCUGUCAGUUUACAACCUGUCAUGGAGGAGUCAGCCUUGCUCUGGCCAACUCAGUUCUCUCAAUAAAAGCUUUCGUAGGAGGAAACUUUCUAGAUGAUUAGUUAUUGGGGAUGACAUUUGGAUGUCUAUAGACUCAACCCAUUUCCUGUGUGGGGUGUGUGUGUGUGUGUGUGUGUGUGUGUGUGUGUGUGUGUGUGUGUGUGUGUGUAUUGUGUAGUGGUUGUACCUGAUUAGUCAGCUUCCUUCUUAUGUUGUCUUGCCUUCAGCAUUAUAGACUCUAACCCUAAAUCACAUAAGAUGCAGUUGAAGCAAUUGCUAUUCAGUGCUAAGGUAUUUUGCAAGCCUGGUGUUUUUUUAUCAUUUUAGUUUUGUUUUUAUUUUGAGGACAAAGUUUCUCUAUGUAGCCCUGGCUGUCCUGAAAGUAGCUGUUUAGAACAUGCGGCCUCAGAUGUAAAUGGUCCACCUGCCUCUGGCUCCAGAGUGCCAGGAUUAAAUGUCAGCCAACAUGCCCAGCUUUCUCUUUGUUUGUUUGUUUGUUUUUAUAUUAUUGGCUGAUGGGUUGGACUGUGGGUUUUGGCACAUGUCAAGCAUAUGCUGCUGUGUUGAUCUUCAUCCACGUUAUGAAUUUUGAAAUUUGACAGAGAGCAUAUUCUGUUUCUCAGGUGGCAUGUAUUCAUGACAUUAAUACUGCCUGGCUAUAUUGCCUGAGCUUUCUGAGUCAUUGGACUGCAGGUAUAUGACAUUUUUCCUACCUGUUGCGUUUGUGUUGAUUUAUUUUAAUGAAUAUGUAUAUUUUGCCUGUAUGAAUGAAUAUGCACAUCAUGUAUGCCUAAACCCCAUAGUAGUCAGAAAAUGGCUUCAGAAUUCCUGAACUUGGAGUAAUCAAUAGUUGUGAAGCUCCAUUCUAACUACUGGCAAUUGAGGCCAAUUAUUUUUAAGACCAGCAAGAGCUCUUCACUGCUGAGCCUGCUCCUGUCCUAUGUUGCUUAUUUAGGAUCAACAUUUACAUUGCCAAUAUUUUCAGCUAUCUGUUUAAACAUUCAUUCCCUUUUAGUAAGAUUUCAUUACUGUUACAGUUUAAACUGGGCCAUCUCAAGAUUCUGGAAGAUGAAUACAGAACUGCAGUGAAUGUAAUUCUUUGUAGGGACGCUAGUAAAAACCUCUGAGUCCUUUCUAUCUUUCUUGUUAGUUUGAUUGAUUUUUCAUAGGGGAGACAGGGUCUUAAUAUGUAUCUCUGGCUGUCCUGGAUAGACCUCAGAUAUACCUGCCUCUGCCUCCUGAUUGCUUGGAUUAAAGACAUGAGCCUAUAUACUCACUUGAUAUUUUUUGUACUUAGUAAAUGUUCAUACAAUUUUUCUGAUGUAUGCUCAGUGUUGCUUGCCGUUCUCUCUCUCUCUCUCUCUCUCUCUCUCUCUCUCUCUGCAUUAAUUAACAUUUUUCUUGCAAGGCUAUAUCCUACUCAAAAAGCAAAGAAAUGACAGAGGUAAACCUUAUUACUCACUUUUCUUCUAAGAUGAUUUGGUAAUUAACAUUAGAACAUCUGGGUCAAGAAAUAAGUGGGGGAAGCACCAGAAGCAUACAUUUACAGUGAUAUUGGUAUCAUGGAUUCUGUUUUACUAAUGUAUGGGAUAUUUCAGGAUGCAUUGACCUAUGAUGAUGUACAUGUGAACUUCACUCGAGAAGAAUGGGCUUUGCUGGAUCCUUCACAGAAGAGUCUCUACAAAGAUGUGAUGCUGGAGACCUACAGGAACCUCACUGCUAUAGGUUACAAUUGGGAAGACCAUACUAUUGAUGAGCAUUGUCAAAGUUUCAGAAGACAUGGAAGGCAUGAAAGAUGUCAUCCUGGAGAGAAACCCUCUGAAAAUACUCAGUGUGGUAAAGCCUUUGCACAACAGAGUCAUCUCCAAAGACAUAAAAGCACACAUACUGGAGAGAAACUCUAUGAAUGUAAGCCACGUGAUAAAGCCUUUACAUACGAUUCUCAGCUUCAAACUCUUGAAAGAAUUCAUACUGGAGAAAAACCCUACAAAUGUAAUCAAUGUGGUAAAGCCUUUGAACGUCGUUGUAAUCUUGGAAGGCAUAAACUAAUACAUACUGGAAGAAAAUCCUACAAAUACAAUCAAUGUGGUAAAGACUUUGCAGGACUCAGUCAUCUCAAAACACAUGGAAUAACACAUACUGGAGGGAAACCUUACAAAUGUGAUCAAUGUGGUAAAGCCUUUGCAUAUCAUAGUUCUCUCCAAGUACAUAAAAGAAUACAUACUGGAGAGAAGCCCUAUGUAUGUGACCAAUGUGGUAAAGCCUUUGCACAACUCGGUCAUCUCCAAGUUCAUGGAAUAACACAUACUGGAGAGAAACCUUACAAGUGUGAUCAAUGUGGUAAAGCCUUUGCACAUCAUAGUUAUCUCCAAGUACAUAAAAGAAUACAUACUGGAGAGAAGCUCUGUGAAUGUGAUCAAUGUGGUAAAGCCUUUUUAUCUCAUAGUUAUCUCCAAGUACAUAAAAGAAUACAUACUGGAGAGAAUCUCUAUGAAUGUGAUCAAUGUGGUAAAGCCUUUACAUCUCAUAGUUAUCUCCAAGUACAUAAAAGAAUACAUACUGGAGAGAAGCUCUAUGAAUGUGAUCAAUGUGGUAAAGCCUUUACAUCUCAUAGUUAUCUCCAAGUACAUAAAAGAAUACAUACUGGAGAGAAGCCCUAUGUAUGUGAUCAAUGUGGUAAAGCCUUUGCUCGACUCAGUUAUCUCAAAACGCAUGGAAUAACACAUACUGGAGAGAAACCUUACAAGUGUGAUCAAUGUGGUAAAGCCUUUGAACAUCGUUGUAAUCUUGGAAGUCAUAAAUUAAUACAUACUGGAGAGAAACCUUACAAAUGUGAUCAAUGUGGUAAAGCCUUUACAUCUCAUAGUUAUCUCCAAGUACAUAAAAGAAUACAUACUGGAGAGAAGCUCUGUGAAUGUGAUCAAUGUGGUAAAGCCUUUUCAUCUCAUAGUUAUCUCCAAGUACAUAAAAGAAUACAUACUGGAGAGAAUCUCUAUGAAUGUGAUCAAUGUGGUAAAGCCUUUGCAUCUCAUAGUUAUCUCCAAGUACAUAAAAGAAUACAUACUGGAGAGAAUCUCUAUGAAUGUGAUCAGUGUAGUAAAGCCUUUGCAUCUCAUAGUUAUCUCCAAGUACAUAAAAGAAUACACACUGGAGAGAAGCCCUAUGUAUGUGAUUGGUGUAAUAAAGCCUUUGCAUAUCAUAGUUAUCUCCAAGUACAUAAAAGAAUACAUACUGGAGAGAAGCCCUAUGUAUGUGAUCAAUGUGGUAAAGACUUUGUAGUUCCGAGCGAGCUUAAAAGACAUAAAAGAAUACAUACUGGAGAGAAACCUUACAAAUGUAAUGAAUGUGGUAAGGCCUUUGUAGGUCAGAAUGAUCUUAAAAAACAUAGAAGAACACAUACUGGAGAGAAACCUUACAAAUGUAAUGAAUGUGGUAAGGCCUUUGUAUUCAAUUUUAAUCUCCGAGCACAUAAAGUAAUACAUACUGGAGAGAAACCUUACAAAUGUAGUGAAUGUGGUAAAGCCUUUGCAUGUAACACUAGUCUCCGAACACAUAAAGCAAUACAUACUGGAGUGAAACCUUUCGAAUGUAAGCAAUGUGGUAAAGCCUUUGCAUGUAACACUAGUCUCCAAACACAUAGAGCAAUACAUACUGGAGUGAAACCUUUCGAAUGUAAGCAAUGUGGUAAAGCCUUUGUAGGUCAGAAUGACCUUAAAAGGCAUGAAAGAAUUCAUACUGGAGAGAAACCUUACGAAUGUAAUGAAUGUGGUAAAGCCUUUUCACAAUCAAGCCAACUCCAACUACAUAAAAGAACACAUACAUACUAAAGAGUAACCCUAUGAAUGUAACCAAUGCAGUAAAGCCUUUACUGUGAUAUUCAAAGGUAUGGUGGUUAAAAUAUACUUGGCCCAUGGCAAGUGGCAUUGUUAUGAGGUAUGGCCCUUUUGGAGUAGAUGUGGCCUUUGAGGAUGUGUGUCACUGUGGGGGAGGGGGUGGUGGUGGUUGGCUUUGAGACCCCAUGCUUAAACUCUACCCAGGGCAGAAGAGUCUUCUGGCUGCCUUCUGAUCAAGAUGUAGAACUCUCUCCAGCACCAUGUCUGCUUGGACACUGAGAUUCCUUCCACCUUGAUAAUAGACUGAACCUCUGAAUCUGUAUACCCUCCCCCCAAUUAAAUGUCCUUUCUAAGA